AAAACAAACUUAAUUUUAAAUCCUAAUGACUUGAUUAACUCUUUUAGGGUAUCUGAAGCACACCAUACAACGGUUUUGAAAAUCCUGUGUGGGCAAUGGCUACCCAAGCUGAUUUGAUGGAGCUGGAUAUGGCCAUGGAGCCAGACAGAAAAGCGGCUGUUAGUCACUGGCAGCAACAGUCUUACCUGGACUCUGGAAUCCAUUCUGGUGCCACUACCACAGCUCCUUCUCUGAGUGGUAAAGGCAAUCCCGAGGAAGAGGAUGUGGAUACCACCCAAGUCCUGUACGAGUGGGAACAGGGCUUUUCUCAGUCCUUCACUCAAGAACAAGUAGCUGAUAUUGAUGGUCAGUAUGCGAUGACACGAGCUCAGAGGGUGCGAGCUGCUAUGUUCCCUGAGACCUUAGAUGAGGGCAUGCAGAUCCCAUCUACACAGUUUGAUGCCGCUCAUCCUACUAAUGUCCAGCGUUUGGCUGAACCAUCACAGAUGCUGAAACAUGCAGUUGUAAAUUUGAUUAACUAUCAAGAUGAUGCAGAACUUGCCACACGUGCAAUCCCUGAACUGACAAAACUGCUAAACGAUGAGGACCAGGUGGUGGUUAAUAAGGCUGCAGUUAUGGUCCAUCAGCUUUCUAAAAAGGAAGCUUCCAGACACGCCAUCAUGCGUUCUCCUCAGAUGGUGUCUGCUAUUGUACGCACCAUGCAGAAUACAAAUGAUGUGGAAACGGCUCGCUGUACUGCUGGGACCUUGCACAAUCUUUCUCAUCAUCGUGAGGGCUUGCUGGCCAUCUUUAAGUCUGGGGGCAUUCCUGCCCUGGUGAAGAUGCUUGGUUCACCGGUGGAUUCUGUAUUAUUUUAUGCCAUUACAACUCUCCACAACCUUUUAUUGCAUCAAGAAGGAGCUAAAAUGGCAGUGCGUUUAGCCGGUGGGCUGCAGAAAAUGGUUGCCUUGCUCAACAAAACAAAUGUUAAAUUCUUGGCUAUUACAACAGACUGCCUUCAGAUUUUAGCUUAUGGCAAUCAAGAAAGCAAGCUGAUCAUUCUGGCUAGUGGUGGACCUCAAGCUUUAGUAAAUAUAAUGAGGACCUACACUUACGAGAAACUACUGUGGACCACGAGCAGGGUACUGAAGGUGCUGUCUGUCUGCUCUAGUAAUAAACCAGCUAUUGUAGAAGCAGGUGGAAUGCAAGCUUUAGGGCUUCACCUGACAGAUCCAAGUCAACGUCUUGUUCAGAAUUGUCUUUGGACUCUUAGGAAUCUAUCAGAUGCUGCAACUAAACAGGAAGGGAUGGAAGGGCUUCUUGGGACCCUUGUUCAGCUUCUGGGCUCAGAUGAUAUAAAUGUGGUCACCUGUGCAGCUGGAAUUCUUUCUAAUCUCACUUGCAAUAAUUAUAAGAACAAGAUGAUGGUCUGCCAAGUGGGUGGUAUAGAGGCGCUUGUGCGUACUGUCCUUCGUGCUGGUGACAGGGAGGACAUUACUGAGCCUGCCAUCUGUGCUCUUCGUCAUCUGACCAGCCGACACCAGGAAGCAGAGAUGGCCCAGAAUGCUGUUCGCCUUCACUAUGGACUACCAGUUGUGGUUAAACUCCUGCACCCACCAUCUCACUGGCCUCUGAUAAAGGCUACUGUUGGAUUGAUUCGAAAUCUUGCCCUUUGUCCAGCAAAUCAUGCACCUUUGCGUGAGCAGGGUGCCAUUCCGCGACUAGUUCAGUUGUUGGUUCGUGCCCAUCAGGAUACCCAGCGCCGUACAUCUAUGGGCGGAACACAGCAGCAGUUUGUGGUAGGUAAAUCUGAAUAGUGACACCUGGCUAUU